GGGUGGCUCACGGACAUGAAAGGUAAUCUGGCGAUAUGGGUACCGGACGAGUAUCGAGAUUCUUUCUUAUGGCGAGGGAUGGUCAAGUCCAUGGGACGCGAAUCACUCACCGUUUACUUUGUAAUUGCUUGCUAUGGGAGAGAGUGGACGAGAUGUUAU